AUGGACAAAUUAUCUUCUGUUAUUGCUGCUCUCGACGCAGGCAAGCUCCCCACCCAGAAGCAGGUGGAUACCGCAAUCGAUUGGACACUCCACAAUAUCGUCGUGAAGGUUGAAUCUCCUGAUACGGGGAAGCUCAGCGAGCCAGGCAAAAUUCUUGCACGCGGCAUACAAGACCUUCUCAUCGCGUACAAGAAACUCGGGGACAACAAAAAUCAUGACAGCCUCUUGCAACAAGUCCUCUGGCACCUCUCAGAGGGAGAUUUUGCAGACACGCGUGUAGAGGCAAUUGAUGCGGAUGAGGCUUUCGUCGAUCUCCAAUCCAUCCGCUCUGCCAUCCACACACUUAUACACAUCCUUUGGACCAACGUCAGCGGUGAAGGAAGUGUCCUCCUGAAUGACUUUGCGUCCUUUACCCGUCUCGCCAUGGCUGACCUCGCAGGGGCCAUUGAAUCCGGAGCUACUUUUACUAAGGAAAGUCUACGCGAGUUCGACACUCAAGUGCAGCAGGGUGAUCGGGAUAACCUGGGGCGGAAGCGAAAGACCCCGGAAGAAAUUGAACAAGAGCGCCAAGAAGAUACGAAGGCCAAAUUCGAGAAGACAAUGGAUACUACGAAAGAGACCGGAUCCAAGGCUAUAGGCGUCGGGCAGGAGGUGAAAGCAUCCGCUGAAGAAAUGGUUGAGCGCACAAGUAUUCGCCUGCAGGAGACUUAUUAUAAUAUCUGUGAACGUGCGCAGAAGGACGAGAACUACCACCACGCACUCUCCACACUUUUCAACACUGUGUCGAAGUGGAUUAACAAGUCUCUUGAUACUGCCGAUGACAUUAACCAGUCUACUUCGCUUGAGUCCUUCAUUGACGAUCCAUCCAAAGAUAAGCAUGUCCUCAAAGCUCUUCGUGGCAUUAGCACUCUCGUUGAGCGCGCCGCUGGUGGCAAGUCCUUGGAUGACGUCUUUGCCAAGGCCCGCCUGUGCGCCGUACACGUCAGGAAUAAUGAAGACCUAAAGAGGUGGUUCAACGAUUUCUUCGCCCACGUUCGGAAGAGCCUAGACAAGCUUGGCUAUGCACGAUCAGAAGAAGCUCAUCACACGCACCAACGGCUCAGCGAGCGCUGGAAGCAGCUUCUCGACCAAGAUUCAGAUGCGGGGCGCAAGUGGAAAGAGGAUGUGCGAGCUCUCAGGCAUGAACUUCGUGAUUUCCAGCAGGCGAUCGCAAGGGAUGCAGACUUGCAGCGCGUGCGGAAGGCUCAUGCUACGUUUGGUAAAGACUUGGCCCAAAGCGUUGGCAUGGGUGGACAGAUUGGCAUGCAGUUUGCCCUCGAUCAGGCCUCGUGGUUCUGGCAGGACGUGUUCAACGUCUAUGCGUCACGCCUCUUGCGCAUUAUCAAGGAUAUUCCGAUUCCAAGAACCGAGUAUGUUGAUAACGAGAUCGAAUUUGUGCUCGAGAAUCUCGACAUCUCAUCGUUAAGCUUGCUUCCUGGGCACGUCUACAUCCGCAACAUCACUGACGUCGACAUCACCGCUCCUGCCGGGUCGCAGUCAACCACCGCCGCCAUUGGUACACUCACGCACAUCCGGAUGCAAGCAGUCCAGCUCGCGCUCAAGGAAGUCUCAUUCUUCUACAGGGAUAAGGUUGCUACCAUUGGACCCAAGGACUUCAGAGGCCUCAUGGAGUUCAGUCUCCCACAAAAGGGCAUUGACAUCGAUCUCAAGUUCCGCUUGAUCCCAAACACGCCCCAAGGUCUCAAGGAGCGCGAGCAUCUUGGACGGUUCUUCAAGAUCGAGCGCAUCGAGGUGAAUGUGGCGGAAGAUAUCGACAUGCAAGUUAAGCAGUCCAACCACCCUAUCCUUGCAUCUGUCUUCAGGCCUAUCAUCAUGCUUCAGUUCCGCCAGGCGAUCUCACGCACUCUGGAGGAGCAGAUCCGGGGAUUGUUCGAUACUGCCGAUGCUCUGGCGUUUGAUAUUGGGCGGCGCUCAGAGGUGUUCAGGGAUGCUGGACUUGGAACUACGUCGGCUGUCGUUGCUGCAAUGUGGAGCGAGAUAGGGAAGCUCCGGCGGAUGGAGGGCGGCUUGCUGUCUGGUUGGAGAGCAACUGGAACAGGAGUUGUCAAGGACGAUUUAGGCGGCAAUGCAAAGAUUGCGAUGGGCGCGGAACCACAGAUUCUUCCGGGGGAGAAGAGAGGUCCUCUGGGAACUCAUGCAGAGCCGCUUGCAGAAAGGAUCCCGGGUGUGGAUGUCGGAGGUGCCCUGGAAGGUGCGACGACUGCCGUUGAACGAGUAGAGCAGGCCGGGAAGGAAGGCCUGAAGCAGGUGCGGAGUUUCAAGCAAAGCGUUGAGCACAAGAAGAGGGAGGAGGUGGAGCGGAGGGGAUGGCAGAGCCCAGCAUUCAAUAUCUAA